GGCGGAGGAGGAAGCGGGCGGCGGGUGACUUCAUCGCCGCUUCCUGGCCCGCGGCGGCCGCAUAAAAGGGGCCCCGGCCCCGGCGGGAGUCACGAGCCGCAGCGCCGCUCGAGCAAGCCGCCAGCCAGCCAGCCAGCCAGCUGCCGCGACCAAAGCGCAGGAUGCGAGUGCCGCCCCCCGUCGCGACCGUGGCCCUGGCCCUGGCCCUGGCGCUGGCUCAGCCCCAGGCCCAGGCCCAGGCCCAGGCCACGGCGCCCCCGCCCGGCGCGUCGCGCAUCGCCCGCCUCUCGGCCGAGUUCGGCGCCCGAGUCUUCCGCGAGGUGGCCCGGCGCUCGCGGGACCGGAACGUGGCCUUCUCGCCCCACGGCGUCGCCUCGGUGCUGGCCAUGCUGCAGGUGGCGGCGGCCGGCGGAACGCGCAGCCAGCUGGAGGGAGCCAUGGCCUACGGCCUGCGCGAGAAGGGCGUUGCGAAGGCCCUGCGGUGGCUGCAGAAGGCGCUGACGGACCCGGCCCAGCCCGACGUGGUGCACACGGCGGAGGCCCUCUUUGUGCAGCGGGGCCUGCCGCUGGCCGCCGCCUUCAUGCCCCGGUUCCGCCAGGCUUUCCGCCAGACGGUCAAGCAGGUGGACUUCAGCGAGGGCCCGCGGGCCCGCCUCAUCGUCAACGACUGGGUGCAGCAGCACACGGCGGGUAUGAUCCAAGACUUUUUGCCGGAAGGGUCCGUGGAUGAGAUGACCCGCCUAGUGCUCCUCAGUGCCAUUCACUUCAAGGGCCACUGGAGGACGCCAUUCCCAGAGGCAGCCACCCGGCAGCGCCUCUUCCACAAGUUGGACGGGAGCACCGUCUCGGUUCCCAUGAUGGAGCAGACUGGCAAAUACUGCUAUGGGGAAUUCUCCACCCCCGAGCAAGUGGAGUACGAUGUCCUCGAAGUGCCAUACCAGGGGGAGGCCCUCAGCAUGCUCAUUGCUGCCCCUUUCGAGAACGCCCCGCUGUCGGCCCUGACUGCAGUCCUCAGUGCCCACCUAGUGGCUGAGUGGAAGAGCAACCUGCUGUGUGCCACAAGACUCCUUGUCCUGCCCAAAUUCAGCCUAGAAAGCGAAUGCGAUCUGCAGGGGCCGCUGCAGGCACUGGGCAUGACGGCCAUGUUUGAUGCCCACGCAGCCAACUUCAGCAGCCUCUCGGAUCAAGAGUCGCUCUUUGUGGGCCAGGCUUUGCAGAAGGUGAAGAUUGAUGUGAAUGAGAGCGGGACGGAGGCUGCUUCUGCCACAGCUGCCAUCAUCUAUGCCCGGAUGGCCCCAAUGGCGGUCGUGAUGGACAAGCCCUUCCUGUUUGUGGUGCGGCAUAAUCCGACUGGUGCCCUCCUUUUCAUGGGGCAGGUGAUGGAGCCCUGAGGCCCUGCCAACCCGUGCGCUCCAAGUGGCCCUGGCACUGGAGGAUCCCUUUCUCCCUGCUUUCCCCCAAAGAGGUAGCACUCGCUGGCUGUCCUCUAACCCCUGCAGCUGAAGGAACAGAGUGGGGGGGGGGCAUAUCGAUCUCUGAAGAUCCAGAGAAGCGGAGGAUGAAAGGAUCCCACAGAAUGGCCCUCUACUCCUUCCAGCGCUGAGAGGCGGCUUGGCCAAAAUGCUUCUACUUCCCAUUCCACCUCCACCAGAGGCCGGCCAGAAAGAAGGCUCACUCAGCGACUACCAAGGGAAAAGCUGCAGAACCCUUGCCCCUGCCAGAACACAGCCGGGAGCCCCAAGAAACCUAAAGAAAUCUCACUUCUACCUCGCACUGAACUGCACCUUGCACUAGUGCCUUGCUUGAAAUUGAGUGUUUACAAAGGAGAGGGUGGGGGGCUGACUCCUCUUUUUGAUGUCUGUCAUAGGACAACCCUUUUGUUCUCCAGUUGAGUUUGAACAGGAGGACACAUGAACAUUUGUAAUGAUGUCUAUUUUCUUUGUGCACUGCCAAGAUGCAAGUAUAUUAUGGACAAUGAAAAGUUUAAUAUAUUCUUACUGUAAUUUGCACUUAAUAUGUUGUGCGUGGGGGGGGGGGGGUGUCGAUGGGCAAUCAGGUAGAAAUGCUUCCCUUUUGUUUUGAGGAAAAGCAACAGCAUCCCCUUGAGACCCUCACUGUACGUUACCCAGGGGGCAGGGGCACAUAUUCAGUGCUUAAGGAGCAUCAGGACAACAGCCAGUAUGAGAGUAAUUCCCUCACCAUAUACCACCUCUGCUGAGUGCAAUUUGGGGCGGUGUUUUCAUUUGCAACUGAAGCCACCUAUCGCUCUGGCUGUACAUUCUUUGCUCGUAGAGGAUCACCAGGCAUUCCUUCCACACAAGCUCCACUGCAGGAGACUGGAGCAGCAACUCCAGUCAAUUACUGUCUUGCUAGCCGUGCUUCUGCAUGCACUGCCUUGCCUUGGGAUGGCCCUGGGGGCCUCUGUCCUUCCUUUUAUGCAACUCUGUGGCGACAGGUGUUGCAGCAUUCCUCAGGCCACUUUUUAAAACACCGCGCAGAUGUUGAGUGGUUUAUUCUCCCUUUGGGGCAUUUACCCAGAAAAAAUUCCAGUUAAUGGUAACAUCAAAGUACCUGACCCAAGCAAGCAUACGGCAGCCUUCUGUGACAGCUCUUGGGCCAGUGUUUUGCCACUGCAACCCCAUGAUUCCUCCCUCAGUGAGUUUUGUGGCGGGCUGAAGAUUUGAGCAGAAGGCUCUUCAGUCCACCUCCACAUGAAGCCACCGGUGGGACCGUGGAUCAGUCACAGCUCUCUCAGCUGCACCUUCCUCACAGGGUGAUUGUUGUUGCAAGGAUAAUAAUAAAAUACUUUUGUAAACA